ACGCGGCACGAGAUGGCGACCAACGAGGAGCUGUUCCGACAGAUGCAGGCCCUGACCGCGGAGGUGCAGAGGCUAAGCGAGGAGAACGCUCGACUUCAGCGCGAGCAGCAAGGCGGGCUCCAGGCCAUCCCGGCCCUCGUGGAUGCUGUGACCCGCCUGACGGGUAGGCCCGACCAGUUCCAGAGGCUCGUCGACACGAAAGGGAUCGGCAAGCCCUCGGUGUUCGACGGGUCGGAAGCCAAGUACCGCGAAUGGGCUGCCAAGUUCGAGUCGUUCGUAGUCGGAGUCUUCGGCGAGCAGUUCAGGGCGGUGCUGGAGUGGAGCGUCGAGCGGCACGACUCGAUCGAUCGCGGGCUCUGGCAGGCGGCUUUCGGGCCGCACAGCGAAGGCGAGAUCGACCACAUCGACGAGAUGGUGGCGCAGCUGCACGCGGCGAUCCAGCAGCUCGUGACGGGCGAGCCCUUCGACAUCACUCAGAACGUCGACAAGGGCAACGGGCUCGAGUGCUGGAGGCGCCUCGCGAGGAGGUUCGACCCUUCCACCGGCGGGCGGAAGCGGAACUUGUUGAAGCAGGUGCUCUCGCCCGGGCGCUGCAAGCUCGAGGAGCUCGCGGGUGCCCUGGAGAGGUGGGAGGAGGCCGUGAAGCGGUACGAGUCCAGGAGGGACGACGACGGCAACCGCGAGCGGCUCUCGGACAGCGUGCGGAUGUCGGCCUUGGAGAGCCUACUACCGGCUGAGCUCGAAGAACACGUUCUUCUCAACCAGAGCCGCCUGAACACCUACGAGCUGCUCAGGAGGGAGAUCGCGUCACACCUGGAGGCCAGGACCGGUGCUCGACUUCGAGACGCCCCGGUGCUCACCAAGGCGCAGCGCGACCCCAACGCCAUGGACAUCGGCGCCCUGGUCCGCGCGCACCAGAGCGGGAAGACCGGCAAGGACAAGGGCGGCAAGGGCAAGACGGGCACUGGCAAAGGCAAGGACGACAAAGUUAAGAAAGGAGGUAAGGGCUCAGGCUCAGGCUCAGGCAAGGGGUCUGACACGUCCCACCUCGUCUGCUGGAACUGCGGGCGUUCGGGGCACAAGAGCUCGGACUGCUGGAGACCGUCGGCCUCGGCGGAGGUGAUCGCCAAGGCUAACGCUAAAGCCAAGGGCAAGCAGAAGCCGAAGGGCGGCGGCAAGCACGACGCGGGCGCGCUGGACGUCGGGAAGUCCGAGGAGGAGUCCCCGGGCGACUGGGAGCCAGAGGACCACAUGUUCUUGGAGCUGUUCUCCGCCGAGCGCGAGGAGAGCGCGAAGGAGGUGAACAGGAGGAUCGUGGACGACAAGGGCUGGGUGAAGGUCAACUUCGACAGCGGAUGCGCGAGCUCGGUGAUCCCCCGCGCAUGGACUCCAGCGACUUCGGCCCCUUCGAGUCAGAGGUUCAAGACGGCGAGUGGUGGUAUCAUCGCAGACGAGGGCGGCGGGGUGCUGGAGGGCGUCAACGAGAAUGGCGCCAGGAUGCGCCUCGCCGGGCGCAGGGCUGCCGUUACCAAACCCCUCGUCUCGGCCAGCGAGAUGCUCAGGAAGAGGAUCGGCAUCCUGGACGAGAGCUGCGGCAUGGUGAUCGAGAAGGGUUCCACUGCCGGACGGGCGAUCAUGAAGCUGGUCGCUAAGCUCAAGGAGACUGGAGCGCUGGAGAACAACAUCAGGUUGCACCAGGAGCGCGGGGUAUACAACGCCUACCUGAAGUUGCCGGAGGAGAAGGCCAGGGAGCUGGAGCAGCUGCCGCUGAACACGAUCGAGUCGGAGCUGGCCCAUCCCCAGCCGACCGCUCUCGAGAUCGAGGAGCACGAGGCGCAGGGCCACGUCCACUUCAGGUCCUGGUGCCCUUCGUGCUGUGCAUCGCGUGGGACUGGCCAAGCGCAUCGUGGACAUCAACCUGCUGAGGGAGAGGUCCCUACGGUCGUCACCGACUACGGCUACCUCAACGCUAGCGAGUCGGACAGCAGAGGCCGCGACGCCAGCUCUGCGAUCACGGUGUUGGUGAUGCACGACUGCUUGCCGAGCGGGACGGGCUGCUACGGCGCGAGCUCGGUCCCGGCCAAGGGGAAGGACGACUUCAGCUCGAGCGUGGCGGUCGACUUCUUCAAUCACAUCGGCCACAAGAGGUGCAUCUACCAGUCGGACGGCGAGAACCCGCUGCUGGCGCUCAAGAGGGACGUCUGCAGCAAGGCCGAGGGGAAGGAGCUGCUGCUUCGCGAGAGCCCGGUGGGAGAGCACCAGGCGAAUGGAGCAGCCGAGAACGCGGUGAAGGUCAUCAAGGGCGUCGUCAGGACGGUGCUGGUGUCGGCCCAGGCCAAGUGGAAGCAUCGUCUGCCGUUCGGGCACCCGCUGAUGCUGUGGGCCCCCACCUAUGCGGCCCAGAUGCUGAAUAGGUUCAAGAUCGGCGACGACGGCAAGACGAGUGAGCAGAGGAGGUCUGGCAAACGCUGGGAGAAGGUGACGGUUCCCUUCGGCGAGCGCAUCCAGGUGAAGAAGCUGGUGAAGGACUCGCUCAAGCGCGACCUGGAACCCCGCUGGGUCACGGGCUACUACGUGGGCCACACCAGCAGGAGCGGCACGGCGCUGGUGCUCACCUCGAAGGGGGUGCAGCGCGGCACGGCGAUCUCACGCCUGCCGCCCGCCGAGCGCUGGGCCUGGAACGAGGAAGAGGUCCUCGGGCUCAAAGGCAAGCCUUGGGACUGGAAGGGCGGCGAGGAGCGCUACGCGGCAGCUCCGGCGGACGUCGCCCCGAGAGCUGGGCGCAUGGAUGCGCCAGUGGUGGUGGCGCUGCCAGCAGCCGCGGAGCCGCGAGACGUGGGCUUCUACGUCACCAGGGCCAACAUCCUGGACGCGGGCAUCGGGCCGACCGAGGGCUGCGUCGCCUGCGAGAACCUGGUGGCUACUGGUCGCGCAGGAAUUGCCCACUCGGAGCUGUGCCGACAGCGCGUGAUCGAGGCGCUGGCGGCUCGAGCCCCGAGAGACCUCGAGGGCAGGAGAGGCGCGAAGCAGCCUAUGGCGGUGGACCUUCGGGGCGCGGCCCCGAGGCCUGGAGCCAGCGUCCGCGGCGGCUUCGGGCUCAGGAGGCCCGGCGCCGGCGCUGGACCUGCUGCCAUGGAGACGGGCGGACUCGAGGAAGUGCCGCUCGAGUUGCAGUCGCUCGCGUUCUCGGAGUACUGCAACCCAGGAUGCUUCACUGAGCUUGCUGGGGAGUUUGGCAUGCUCCCAGGGCUAGCGGCGGACAUCAGCCUCAAGGACCGGGAGUCCCAGGAGGCGCUGGACAUGAGGAAGAUCGUGAACCAGCAGAGGUACAUGCAGGCGCUCGAGGACCAGGACCCCUACUUGGUCAUCGGGGCGCCGCCCUGCACGCGCGUCUCGAAGCUGACGAGCUUGAACCGCGGCAAGUACAAGGACCCGGAGGCGCACGCCAAGGCCGAGGAGGACGAUCGUGCGUUGCUUCGCUUCGGGAUGGAGGUCUACAAGGAUAGGCACGCCAAGGGCAGGUGGUUCUUGCACGAGCACCCUUGGGACGCCAAGUCGUGGGACGACGAGGCGGUGAAGGAGGUGAUCUCGCUCCCGGGGGUGUACCUCGUGCGAGGGGACAUGUGCGCCUGGGGCCUGGAGCUCAAGGGCGACGACGGGAAGGUCGGGCCGGUCAAGAAGAGCACCGGCUGGCUGACCAACAACCAGCGCCUUGCUAAGGUGCAGUCCUACACGCCUUCGCUACGCCGCGCGAUCUUGCAGGGGCUCAAGGAGGAGCUCGAGGUCGCGGGCGAGAUCAACUCGUUCGAGGGCGUCGGGCCGGUGCCAGACGAGGAGGCGCAGUACUUCAAGCCAGACGCCCCUCCAGGUGCAGCGGAGUCAGACAAUUGGUACUGGGACGACGUCAACGGGGGCUGGCUCGACCCUGCGGGGGCGCGGGCCGCGCGCCAGGAGGAGCUGGCCUGGAUGAAGCAUCGCGAGGUGUUCGAGCCGAGCGACGAGGAGACCUGCAGGCGCCUGACCGGUCGGGCGCCGCUACGGACGCGCUGGGUCGACACCAACAAGGGCGACGAGCAGAGGCCAAAGCACCGCUCCAGACUGGUCGCGAUGGAGAUCAAGGCUGCGAAGAAGGCGUCCGAGCAGAUGAGCGCGAGCGAGCUCUUCAGCAGUACGCCGCCGUUGGAGGCGGUCAAGCUCCUGUGCUCGCUCAUGGUCUCGAUGGGCCGUUCGCCCCGAGGACUCCCUCUCAAGAUCGGCUUCUGGGACGUCAGCCGGGCGCACCUGUACGGAGUCGCCCAGAGGGUCUUGUUCGUUCGUCUUCCAGAAGAGGAAGGAGGAGGAGUCGCUCGCCUGCUACGUUCCAUGUACGGUACUCAGGACGCGGCUUCAGUGUGGCAGAGCGACUGGAGUCGACAGCUCUGGGAAGAUUCGUGGCGCAUGGGCGUGGCAAGCCCAGCUGUGUUCUAUCGUUCCAGUGAUGAAGGUCGCGGGUUGGCUCACGGCGACGACUUCAUGGUGCUCGGCGACGAAAUCACGCUGAAGGAGAUCGAGACGAAGCUAACCGAGCGCUACGACAUCAAGUGCACCGGGAUCUUGGGUCCCGACAGCGGGGACGCGAAGGAGGUCGUGUUCCUCAACAGGGUGUUGCGGUACGUUGACGGCUCCACCCCGGCGGUGGAGAUCGAGUCGGACCAGAGACACGUGGAGCUGCUGAUCAAGGAGCUUGGCCUCGAGAACGAGUCGAAGGGCUUGGACGUGCCGUCGGUCAAGAAGACGGAGGCGGACAUCGACUACGAGGCGAAGCUCAGCACGCUGCCCCUGGACGAGGUUCGCCGGUAUCGAAGCGUAGUGAUGCGUGCUGCCUACCUCACCUUGGACAGGCCAGACAUCGUCGACGCGGUCAAGCAGUGUUCGAGGCGCAUGCAGGCGCCGACGUCAGCGGACAUGAUGAUGGUCAAGAGGCUUGGGAGGUAUCUCGUCAAGCACCCGUGCCUAGUCGCGAGGUUCAACAAGCAGAAGAUGCCUGACAGGAUCACGGCCACCUGCGACUCGGACUACGCGGGCUGCCUCAUCACCAGGAAGUCGACGAGCGGGACCGUCCUGGCGUUCGGGGAGCACACGCUGUCGGCUACGGGAUCGCUGCAGAGCACGGUGUCCCUUUCGAGCGGCGAGGCCGAGUACUACGGCAUCCUCCGUGCGGCUGCUGCCGCGCUCAAGGUUGCUGCCAUCGCCGUGGACCUCGGGCUCGAGAAGAGCGUCGAGGUCGUCUGCAAGCACGGGGAGUUCCCGGUAGAGGUCUGCGGGGACUCGACCGCGGCGAUCGCGUUCGCAUCGCGCCAGGGCCUGGGUCGUCAGAAGCACGUGAUGACGAGGUACCUGUGGCUUCAGAGCGCGGUCAAGGCCAAGAGGAUCAAGCUCAAGAAGGUCGACACACGGGAGAACGUGGCCGACUCCUUGACCAAGCCGUUGUCGGCGAAGGUGGUCCAGAAGCAUCUCAAGAGGAUGGGGUACCACUUCAGGUCGAGGUGGAGCGCCCUGCACCGGACGAUCGCCAAGAGAUCGGCGACGUGA